GCCCCGGGCUGCCCUGCAGUCGGGGGCCUCGGCAGCCGUUUGCGACUCAAGAUCUGGGAACGGGCCCAGCCGAGGGCCGCCAGGGCCUGACUUAGAUGAUUGCACUCUUUCGCCGCCCCUCACCUUGGGCCUCUUCGCCGCCCUCGGGAGAGAAAAAGGGAGGCAGAGGAGGUGUUGGUAAAUCAUGCUUAUUGCUACAGUUUACAGACAAGAGGUUUCAGCCAGUGCAUGACCUUACUAUCGGUGUAGAGUUUGGUGCUCGAAUGAUAACUAUUGAUGGAAAACAGAUAAAACUUCAGAUAUGGGAUACGGCAGGGCAGGAGUCCUUUCGUUCCAUCACACGGUCAUAUUACAGAGGUGCGGCAGGCGCUUUGCUAGUGUAUGAUAUUACAAGUGAUUUAGAAUCUAGAAGAGAAGUAAAAAAAGAAGAAGGUGAAGCUUUUGCACGAGAACAUGGACUUAUCUUCAUGGAAACUUCUGCUAAAACUGCUUCCAAUGUAGAAGAGGCAUUUAUUAAUACAGCGAAAGAAAUUUAUGAAAAAAUCCAAGAAGGAGUCUUUGACAUUAAUAAUGAGGCAAAUGGCAUUAAAAUUGGCCCUCAGCACGCUGCUACCAAUGCCACACACGCGGGCAAUCAGGGAGGACAGCAGGCCGGGGGCGGCUGCUGUUGAGUCCCUGUUUACUGUCUCGCUGCCCCAAUGCGGCUACUCACUUCCUCUUUCACUCUGUCCUCCUGCUCAGCUGCGACAUGAAACUGUUUGAAAUGGCUUUAUGUCACAGGAGACUUUAAUCCUUCAAAUUCUUGUAUAACUUUGAAUAAAUGGUUAAUGUUCACUUAAAAAGACAGAUUUUGGAGAUUGUAUUCAUAUCUAUUUGCAUUUGAUUUCUAGGUCAAUUGAUGUGAUUAUUUUUGUUAAAUGUUGUCUUGUGCCCUUACCUAUGAACUGAACUGUAUUAAACACUACAGAGUCAUCUUGAGCAUUUUAAAUCAGUUUGUGUGGUUAGGUUUCCCAACACCCGUGGUGACCUAAUGUUUAAUAUUACAGAACUGUCCUCAAGAAGUUUGUCAGUUUUCAAGGCUAUAAGGAAAACCAGGACUCCUUUAAUUCUGUAUUUAUCAUUUACUUUCUGUAUAUACAGUUUAACCUGCUUGGGUGUAAUUUGCCAAGCUUGAAUUCUUUAAUGCAUUUGCAUAAAUUCUAUACUGUUUAGAGCUUAAAGCUACAGAAGCAUUGUUAGGAAUUGCUCGGACACUGAAUUUUAAACUUUUUGACAUUGUUAACAAGCAUGUUCAUCCUUUCUUGUCACUAGUCCAAGAAAAUAUGCUUAAUGUACAUUUACUAAAGGCUAUGUGUGCGUUAACCUGUUUUAAUGCCAAAAGUUUGCUGUAUGUCCACAGUUUCUUUAAGAUCUCUUCAGAAAAGGAUUUGUUUGCCUUAAUGAAUACUGUCGGGUAAAAACACAGUAUAAUGAGUGAACUGGGCAGAAGCACGAACUCCCUACACCUGAGCGACUCCAAGAAGAAUGAAUGUCCACAUUUAGAUGGCGCAUUGUGAGGACUUUAAUCUUUCCUUCAACACAAUAAUGUUUUCUUUUGCUUUUAUUCCCAUGAUUUCUAAGUAUAUUUUUCAUGCAGGACAGUUUUUCAACCUUGAUGUACAGUGACUGUGUAAAAUUUUUCUUUCAGUGGCAACCUAUAAUCUUUAAAAUAUGGUAAGCAUCUUGUCUGUUUUGAAGGGGAUACGACAAUAAAUCUACCAGAUGGAAAAUCCUGUUGAAAGUAGAAAAGCUUUAGUAAUUUACUCAGUGUGGUGGUUUUUAUCCUUUUUUUUUUUUUUUUCUCUCUCUCUCCCUUGGUCUAUAAUGAAAUUGUUACAGCAGUGCAAAAUAAAAUCCUAUGU